UCUCUCCUUGGAGUUAUAAUAGUUGCGGGUUGAAGCCAUUCAUCAAGUCUUCAUUGUGGUGUUGGCACCAUGAACUCUCUCUCGUGUGCCAAAGUUUGCAAAAGCUUGUUUGUUGGACUUGUGUUGUGCUCUUCAUCAUUAUCAUUUGCAUCGGCAUUUCUGCCCGCAAGCAAUCAUGCGUCGACAAGAGUAGCUGUUACUCAAGUUUGGAGCCGGCAGCAACAAGAGCAAAAAGAAUCGUCUUCCUCUUCGAUAUCGUAUGAAGAAACCGAUGCGUCUUCCAAAGGGAUCGUGUCGUCCCUGACUGGCAUGGUCAAUUUUCUUUCCUUCAACAACAAUGACGACGUGGAUGAAAGCAGCAACAAUAAUGGCAGCGAGGACUUGACACCCCCACAAACCCCCGACGAAUUGCUCGAACGGAUCCGCGACGAUUACGUGGUUCGAAACUAUCUUUGGACGGGCGAUAUUGAUUUGGCAUCCUUCGACAAACAAUGCCGCUUUACCGAUCCCACCCUGUCCUUUCAAGGCACGGACCAGUUUGUCCAAAACUUGAACAAUCUCGUGCCUAUUGUCGACGCCUUGAUUGGGGAUACCGGUAACUGCCAAUCGGAUCUGCUGGACAUUCAACUCAACCGAGAGAAGGGAUAUGUGCAAAGUCGAUGGAACAUGGUGGGAAGCUUGGCCCGGUUGCCAUGGAAACCCAAAAUUGACGUCAUUGGCAGGACCAAGUUUUGGUACAAGACUUUACUAGUAGACGACGAUACCACCACGACAGAGGGCUACCAAGUGUACUUUUACGACGAGGAGUGGGAAAUCCCUGCUGCCAAGGCUCUAUUGCAGUUGAUCACUCCACCAGGAACCAUUCAGAACAGCAAUCAACAAUGACCACAAUCUCUCCAGCAGGAACCAUCUAAAUCAGCAAUCAGCAAUGACACUACCAUGUACCGGUACAGAACAUCUUCAGAAAUUUCAAGGCGAAGCGUCAAACUGAUUGUAAUUAGAAAGAUCAUUAUGUAUU